AUGUCGAUGAAUACAGAUACGCCCCAACGGGCCACAGCCGCCCAGUUGGCGAAGAGAAAAAUCAAGCCAUUAGGCCAACGGCGACCUAACGUUAGUACUCCAAGUACGCCAGCGUUCAACAACCCAACUCCCUUUUCCAACGUUGAUCCCAACCUCGUAUCAAAUCCAUUUGCCUUACCGGCUUCAAAUGGGUUUUCAUUCAGUCAACCUGCCAAUUCUCAAAAUACCCCCACACCUUCAAGUUUUGGAAACCAGAAUAAUGCAUCUUUUGGAUUCUUCGGGUCCCAAACUAGCUCUGCCCCCCCGUCGUUCAAUUUUUCGGCUUCAACGACGAAUCAACAGGUGAAAAAUCCUUUCAGCAGUUUUGCAUCCAACCCAGAAUCCAAUUUCCAAGGAUUCCAAGGAAACACGUUCAAUAACCCAUCUACCGGGCAGAGUGGGCAAGCGGACAAUAAUAAUAUUUUUGGGAAUAGUGGACUCGGUUCUCAGCAGACCACAAGGGCAGAAUCUCCAUUUGCGAACAACCCUACUACAUCUAGCGGUGUUUUCUCGGCGCCGGCUCCUUCGGACAGUGAUAGUUUUGCUCAGCCAACUAGCGGUAGCUUUUUCUCCGCCUCCCAGCCGUUCAUGACUGGCGCCGCCUCUGAAGAGGCUGAAAGACCUGCUGACUUUAUGCAAAUGUCUCCAGACGGAAAGCCCGAUGCUGGUGUUGCUUCUUCUAAUAUUUAUAACUUCCCCGCGCCUUCCCAGCCAGAUUUCACUUCGUGUGCAGCCACGUCCGCUCCUGCUUUUACACUCAGUGACUCGUCCGGCCAGGCCAACCCUGCAGCUACGUCUGGUCCUGCUUUUACAAACAGUGGCUCGUUCAGCCAGGCGAACUCUGCGGCUACGCCUGGUCCUGCUUUUGUAAACAACCGCAUCGACCAUUUAGAUUACCCAGUCUUGUCUACUCCUCUUUUUACACUCGGUUGCCAGUUCCGCAUGAACCAGCCUACAGCUUCGUCUGCUCCUGCUUUUACCCUCGGUGGCUCGUUCAACCAGGCGGAUCCUGCAAGUGCAGCGGCCUCAAGCACUCCGGCUACUUUUGCGGGCUUUUCCGAACCACCACCUUUUCCAAGCACCCCUUUGUUAUCUGGGUUCGUAGCGCAACAGAAUAAUUUCCAGCACCCAUUUUCUACUUCCACCCAAAGCAUGGAAACUGCAGCUGUCGCUGGGAAUGGAUUCUUUGGCGGCGUUAGCACCCCAGACGCAGGUGCUUCAAAUAACAUGUUUGCGAAUCUCAACACAGCUAACGGAGGAGCCGAAUCUUUGGGCACGCAGGGAAAUUCGUUUGUUUCUCAACCCCAGCAGCCCUCAUUCAGCAAUUCACUUUUUGGAGACACCAGCAGACCUCAAGCAAUUGGAUCCUCGACUCCAUUUACAAGCUCUCCUGAGUCUAAGUCUACUAGUGCGUCAUUCUUUACGCCCUUGGCCACACCUGCUUUCUCGUUUUCUCCUCCAUCUAAGAAGCGAUCGUUUGGAGACAUUUCUGGAGAGUCAACUACCUCUACGGCGACCACAGCUGUGAACGAGACCUCUUUGCUUUCUAGCACAACUCAGCCAGCGCACAUCAAAUCAACUACACCGAGGUCAUCAUCUUCACGGACGGAAUAUAAGCACUUCCCCUCUUCAUUUUCUAAGCGACCAAAGUGGGCAGAAACUUCUCCUGAGGAACCAGACUCCGCAGCAGAAUUAUUUAGAUUAAUUGCUGAAACCUAUGCCAGAGAAAAGGCUUGCACCUCUUCACAAGAAGCCACCGCAUCGAUUUCUAAUAAGCCACUUCUUUCCUCAAGUUUAACUAGCGGUGAUAACACUGAUUCGCCACCCACUUCUGUAUUUGACAGUUCCAUCUCCAAGGGACCAGCAAUAUCGCCUUUAAACACUGUUGCCGAGAAACCUGCAGAAAAGCAAACUGAUGUUAUUGGUUCUAUUUCUCCGCCUGUCAGUACAGCUCUUGGGCCUUCUGGCAGUAAUACGAAAACAACAUUUGCUUCAACUAAGUUCAGCGGUUCAGCCCUUGUCGAUACUCAGAGUUCACAAACGGGUGUUUCUUCGAAAAAAGCGGCAUAUACCGAUCACAGUACUGAAACCCAGUAUGAUGUACAAUCAGAUGUGGCACAGCUCAUUCCCCCAGAGGAAGAGAUCCCAGCUGGCUUGAAUGGCGCAGAGAAAGCCGAUUGGAUAAAACGGUGGCGUUUCCAGUAUAUUAACGCUAGUUUCCAACAGCAGGUUGCUAGCUUUGAUGCUAAUUCUAAUGAUUUUGAGCCUCUGAUUGCUUAUUAUAUCAUGCUCCGGAACCAGAUUGGGUAUCCGUGUUUUAUGGUUAGCCAAUACCAAGCUAUCUCACAUGGAAGCAGUCAAUCUUCUUGUGAUACAGAAAUAAUUCCUGCCCGAGAUGAACAGGAAAAGGCUACCUUAGAGAAUGAGGCUGUUCCAAGCUUGGUGUCCAGCAAACAAAAUGAUAUAACGACCUCUACAGUUUCUGCUUUAAAGAAACGAAAGGCUGAUGGCGAUGCGAAUGAGGCGCCUGUUGGUCAAAUUGGUAAACGUGUCCGGUUCGCGUCAGACUUGAAUGAUAAAGAAGACCAGGGAAAUACUACAGAGGAAUUUUCAGACGACGAGCAGCAACCUUCUUCGACUCUGCGUAUGUUUAUUAACUCUUAUGUGGCUGCGCAAGAGCAGGAGCCGUCAAUUCAACCUAAAAGUUUGAGCGAAGAACGAAGUGGAAAAGAGCCUUCUUCCGUCUCUUUGCAAAAUACGUCUGAGAUCAUGCCUUCUUCUGUCUCUUUGCAAGAAACCCCUAAGACCAUGCCUUCUUCUGUCUCUUUGCAAAAUACGCCUGAGAUCAUGCCUUCUUCUGUCUCUUUGCAAAACACUCCCAAUACUUUGCCUUCUGACAAGGGCGUUGACACACCGCCUUCUGGUAGCCGAAGUUUGUUCGAUAGAGUUGAGAAAGAUCCCAAUGGCCACCUUCGCCGCGAGAUUCACAACGAGGGUACCACAUCAUCAUCAAAAAAGACCGCCGACCUAACUUCGUCCCUCAUGGAUGGGCCGAAGUUUGCCGCCUCUUUUGGUAACUUCGGAUCUAUCGCAACACCACAGAUUUCGUCUGCAGCCGAUGCAAAUACCGGAUCCCCGUCUCGUGAUACCUUGAAAGCUAACGGGGAUACUCCAAAAGCAACGCCAUAUAAGUCAUCAACUAUUGCUAGCACCAAGUUAGGCCUACCUGCAAGCACCUUUGUCGAGCCAAGCCCUGCCCCAGCCCCGACUGUAUCCGUUACUUCCGUUACUGAUUCAACUGAAGAAGCCGAAAAGCUCCCUCAAGUGGACUUAACGAAAGGCGGCGCUGGUGAAGAAGACGAAGAUGUGAAGUUCGAAGUGCGUGCCCGUGGUCUCAAGCUCAACGAGGGAGCUUGGGAAAUCAAGGGACUCGGCGCACUUCGAAUUUUAAAAAAUCGAAAAAGUGGCCGGUCACGCAUGCUACUUCGGGCGAGCCCGAGUGGCGGCGUGAUCCUCAACUCUCUCUUGUUCCCCGAGGUCGAGUACCGACAGCGGGGGAACUCCGUCAAGUUCCUCGUUCCGACUUCUCAGAAGCCGGAACAGUGGGCCUUGACGGUCCGGACCCCUGCCAUGGCGGCGGAGCUGAGCUCGGCCAUGGAGGGGUGCAAGAGGAGGGAGUAG